GCGGUGCUGAGGUCGAUGGAAGCAAUCGAGCAAAAGUUGUGGCUGCGGCGGUACAAGCGAUUCGAUCCGUUCUAUGAGGCGCUGCUGCGGUCGCCGCCAUCGACGCUCGCGAUGGCGACAGGUAAACUCUCUAUUGGUUCGCCGACGUUUUCGCUGGCGAAAGUAUACGCGACUCGAGAACUUACUCGACCGAUCACCCCGACGACUGUCGACAUCCCUGGCACCAUCGACGCUCUUCUUGGCCUGCAACAGCCAGAUGGGCGGUGGAAACUAGACGCAGCCUUCCAUCACGUCAUGCAUAACCUCGUGCCGCCCUGUCCCAGCGGCGUUGGGGCAGCGAUGUGGGCGACAGCAUGUGCAGUGACUACCCUACGAAGACAGCCCGACGCAUUCGACAAACUCGAGCGUCCAUGUGAGCGAGGACUCGCCCAAGUGGAAAAUCAAGUUUUCGAGUGGGCAAAGCACGAGCUUCCGUCCAUUCCUCUCGACGCCAACCUUGAGGCACGUCCAGUCGCCGGUCCCUCGCUUCAAGAAACAAUGUUGCGAAAUCAGCCACCAAGCACCAACGACGAAACCAUCGACGACUUGUACAGAGCUGUGGCGGUCCAACCAGCCAAGAAACGCAGCGCCAAGUUUGAGCCCGACGCUGUAAGCGCCCGGAUCGUCAGGCAACUGGAUGCCGCCAGUGCCACCGCAGUGGCGUACGGCCUCAAGCGUGAAUUCUCCCCCAAAGUGGGCACGUCUAACCGACACUAUCAGGUCGGAGACUGGGUCGAGUGCUGUUGGCGGCGGCCAUUGCACGCAUCGUCCGCCGUCCAGGCAACGCGACAGGACGAGUGGAGUCGUGCAAGGAUUGCACAUGUCUACACCGAGGAACAGAGCGCCGUCGACGUCGUGUUCCAAGACAACCGAAAGGAGCACCAAAGGCGGGUCCCACUCGACUGCAUUCGCCGACCCAACUCGGUCAAACCGUCACGGUCCCAAGUCCUGCGCGAUUUACAAGCACGAUGGGUGCAAGAACCAUUGCCGCUGAAAGAUGAGCUCCAGCGGCUUGCCAAGAUUGCUGGCCGCGACAACGUGCGGUCCCCGACGUGGUGUGAAUUGUCUCGCCGAUCCACGUCGCCGAAAAACUCGCAAACGUUCCGCUCUUGUCACACUCGGUCGUCGCUGACGCUGCCAACACUUGAGGAACCUCGAGCACUCGACACUCCCGGCCACUCCGCCCAGGACAGUCCGUCUACGGUCCCGAUGUUGCCACCGUCCCAUGCCGCUGCGAUUGAAGCUAUUCUCGCAUAUGAAAAGUGUCUUGCCAAGGUCCCCAGCGUCCUUCAACCGUGCUGCCACCUUUACAAAACGGCGCGCUUGUUUGGAGACCGCUUGCACGCCUUUGAUGCAUGGAUGCCCGUGGCCCUUGAGCUCGUGGAAGCCACCGCGACGGCUGUGGACCUCGUGUACGCCCUUGAACGGAGUAUUCAACAUCCUUCGUCCCACGGCAACCAAACCCACUCCACGUACACGCCGUUUCUGUGGUUCGGUCGACCGUUUUUAACUUCGGUGGCGCACGGGUUGGAGAUGCUGGCGGCGUCGGCAGAAUUGAUUGGUACGGCACGGACUUUCAUUUUGCAAUGAAUCCGUUUCUCGUGACGGUUCCUCUCCACCUCAAGACGAACGCCAUUCAGUGCGCCGUCGUGCCGAAUACGUGGUGGCCAGAGCAACACUUCUCGGACGCUCUACGACGCCGCGUGAACGCCGCUGAAACGGUCUUUGUACCUCAGCAACUCGUCUUGACGCUCAUGGUGUGCUUGUAGAUGUUAUUGGAGCACUUGGGCCGGUGCAGCCACCGAUGACGCGCCGACGCCAUUCACGCCGCCGCCACGGACAGACAUGCGGAUGAUCUGUUGAAUGUCCUUUCGACCGAGCGGCACGUCGGUCAACGGCGAGUUCAUGUAGUACCCUGCUUCGAUGGCGGCUUUUGCCCGCGUUGAGUUCGUUGCGAUCCACGUCGGUUUGCUUUGGAGCGCAUGUGCUUCGUCCUACCACAGGGCCAUGAUGCAUGGCAUGAGGACGACAAAUUGUGACACCCCAACAACACAAAUCGCAUCUCGAUCAUCUUCUCGCAAGCGACGUGCCCUGUCUCCUUGUGCCUACAUUGCACGCACCACUUGAGCUUUCUGGGCGGCGGGCAGGACGCGGUCCUCCCGCGAGUGAAGACCGGUAGGGUAGUCGUAGUCGUGGGGGCGCGAGAUUCGAGUCUUGGCUUCGCUGACGCUUCCAGCGUUAAACACCUUCAAGAGACUAGUGAUAUGGAUGGUGCCAAACACACCAUCUUGGGUGGAUGUAAAGGUCACUUUCGCACCGGUCGCUUUCUUGGCGCGGCUCCAGCACGGGGAUUGUCGUGCUGCGGCUGUUCGCCGUGUUGUCCGUCGCUCUUGCGGGCGUCGCGAGCUUUCGUAUGUUUGCACAGCACGGCGCCGCGAAAUUCGCUUAGCAUCGACUUGGGACCCAACAGGGCUUGGAA